UGUUCCCAUCUCCGGUGACCCCCUUGCCCGAAUACUGCAUCCCUCUUGCUCCUGCUGUGAGGAGGGGAGGACAAGGGCAGGGACUUUUGCCUUUCACUAGGAAUUUUCUUGGCUCACAUCUUGCUCUCUGGUUCUGCUCUAGUAUCAACCGCAGCUGGUAUAGGCUUCUGUUGUUGGUAGCUUUGCUACCAUGGGGUAUAGGGAUGGAUCGAAGUUUGGGCAUGAAAUGAGGAGCUGGGACACAGAUGAGAAUGAAAAUGGAACUUGCUUUCUAUUUUUAUACCUGUCUUUGCCGCCUUGCCCGGUAGGAUUGGCCAUGUCGGUGUUUCGGGGCCCCAUGGAGCGGCUGGAGCGAGCUCUCCCGCUGCCCGGCUCUGCGGGCUAUCCCUCAGCAGCUGCACGGACACCGCUCCUGCCCGGGGGCUCGGGCAGCUGCCCAGCCCCGCAAUGCCGCGGUCACCAGCCGUGUCCGGCUCCUCCCACGGGCAGGGUUGCGUGCGAGGGCGCCAGCACGGAGCCCCUCGGCUGCCCCGGGGCGGCGCUGGCCCGGCCGCGGCCCCGGCGGGCCCUGCGUGGGGCGCGGGCCUCUCCUGGCACCGCUGGGAGCCGCCCCCGGCCCCGCGCUGCGGGCCCGCUUCGCCCUUCCUUUGAAAAGAAAACCGUCAUCAAAACCAUUCGGGACAGAAAUCCAGAGCUGAGGUCACAUGAAACCACAAUCCAAUUCUGUAUAGAGCAUCCUGAGAAAAAGCAGAAAUUCUGAGAAAACCUCGUCCAUCCAUAACAAGCAGGUUCUUCUCAUCAGUGAACACAAAACCAGAGGAAGAGAAAAGACCAACAAAGCAUUACUUUACUUUGACCACUAAUUUGUGGAUGGCUGAUUGGAGAUGACUGUGUAACAGCGAGCAACAAAUGCUUAGUGUUUACAUCACGUAAUCCAGUGAAAUGGUCAAAGACAAGCCAAAUAAUUUACAGGAGGCUUUCAGUGUGGCAAAGGGUUUCAGAGGGGCUUUGCCAGUACACAGCUAAGCUCUGCUGGAGAUGUUGCAUUUAACUGAUUUUUCGUGACUGAUACUGGGCUGUGGAUGCAGGAGUAGAACCAUGUCUUGCCUGUGUAAAAGUAUUAGGCUUCUGGCUGCUGCUGUCCCUCAGCUGGUUUGGAACAUGGAGAUGGAAACCCCUUUUGGGAAUGCCAAAUACAAUCUCUAGAAAAUAAAUGCAUUAAAUAUUUCCUUUCAUAUAGGCAGCUUUAAAUUAUGAUAUAGAGCUAUUCAGUUUUGAAGUCACAAUAAAUUAAAACUGGGAAAGGUGGGAAACCUUUUGAAUAGCAACGCUACAAAACAGAUAAACCUAAGAGUUCAGUGUGUACAGGUAGGAGUUCAUCUCUGAUCUGCAGUGCCAAGGGGAGGAAGCAGAAGAAUUGUGGUGAUUGGCACUUGUUUCCAGAUCUGCUCCUGGAUUAGAUUAGGACUGCUGUAUUUGUGACAAGGGUUUCCUGGCCAGAAGUAUGUGUGCAUGAACCACCCAGGUGGCCUACAUAUGAACUGGAAGUGCAUCCCAACCUCAGCAUGUCUGAUGUGCUCUGCAUGUGCUGUGCAGCUGUGCACAGACAGUCAGUCAGAUGGAUCCAGUACAUGCUGCGCUUACGCUGUCAACUGCACAGUCUAUAAACUACUGGGGGAAUCAGGCAAAUGACACAUGUACAGAGUGUAGGAUUUCUGGUUGCUUUUGGACUUCCUACAUCCUAAGAUUCAUUAUGGAGGUAAAAAGAGGACAUGCCUGGGACAACCCAGACACAUGGGAAUGUUCUUUCUUACGUAUUAUUUACCCAAAAGGUGAUUUUUUUAGAAGUUGUAAAAUAUCUGUUGUGCAUUUAUGGACUGGGACACGGUAUUGUAUGAGCAAACCCAAUGCUUUUUUCACCCAAUGAAAGAAAGCAAGUGUUUAAUACAUGACUCCUGGACCAAGCUGAGAAUGAAAUCAUAUCAAAGCAAAAAUGCACCAUUCAAGCAAUGCAACAUAGCUCCCAGAUGCAUAAACCUUUGGAGUAAAAUAAAACCACAUGAUCCCCAUUCAUAAAAGCAGCCUUUGGUGGCAUUUGCUCUGCCUUUGGCUUGCAAACAUUCAAGUGUGAAAGCUUUUGUUCAUGAGGAUAUCUUCAGGGAUGUGAAUACUCCUACACAUGCACUGCUGAUAUUAAAAAGUAUAUAGGUAUACGAACCCCUGUGUAAAUAGGCAUCUCCUAUAGUGAUUCUCUUGAAAGCUUUGCUUCAUUUUAGGAAGCAGGUACUGUAUGGUUUUGAUGAGCAAAGGCAGACUUGGAAGAACAGAGCAGAUAAGCAGUUCAUGUAAACUGCUAUUAUACAGAAGUAUUUGAAGAAAUGUGUGAAAAUUAAUUCUGUACUUUGGUAAAGCAGUGUCUGGGAAAUGGAAUAUAAAGGAGAUGAUGCAAUGCUUACAGUGAUAGAUAUGCGCAGUUUUCAGCUGUUUGUAAUUUUAUUGUUCACAAGGAGAGAGGCUUGAAAGAUUUACAGAAAGGAAAUUCACAAUAAAAAUGCAGUGAGUAUUUUUGCCAAUA